AUGACACCCUCGUUAGAAUCUGCUGACCUUAAAGCAUUGAGAAGGCGUCGCGCCGCGGUUAAGGCCCAACUAACGCGUUUAAAGUCAUUCCUCGCAGAGCAGCGCGAAAUCUCGAUCGCUGUAUUGGAAAUUCGCCAGUCCAAAUUAGAGCAAAUAUUCAAUGCCUUUUCGGAAGUGCAAGUAGCUAUUGAAAUAGCAGACGAAGAAUCUGACCAUACGCCGGAAUGGGAGUCGUUCGAAGAAUAUUAUUAUAGUGCCGCGGAAACAAUCAGCGAGCGGUUGAAAGAACAACGCGGAAUUAGCGGAACCGUGUCCGCAAAUCGAGUAGUAGAAUCGCCAAAUACAGUUAGACAAACUAGUUCACUUUUACGCAAGAUAGAAAUUAAGCCAUUCGACGGCAAUCCCGUAGAGUGGCAUAGUUUUCAUGACACCUUUAAAUCCCUAGUGCACGAUAAUGACGAGUUGAUCGGUGUGCAGAAGUUUCACUUAUUAAAAAAUGCUCUUCGUGGGGAGGCUAUCGCAGUAAUUGAAGCAUUGAACGCGACAGAAGGAAACUAUUUGGUGGCUUGGGAUUUGUUAUGCAAGCGAUGCAACAAACCCAGAAAAAUUAUAAACGCACACUUGCGAUUGUUGAUCGAUCUUCCGGAGAUCACUCGAGACACACCCGGGAACCUCGGACAGUUAGCAGAGAAGGCUCAAGUACACGUAAACGCAUUAAAGGCCAUAAAUCAACCCACCGAGCAUUGGGAUGCAUUUUUAAUACAUAUCGUGUCUAGUAAACUAGAUAAGAAUACUCGCCGCGCGUGGGAGCGUACAUUAGAAGAUGAGGAAAUUCCCAAGUUUAAACAGUUCUUAGAUUUUAUCAAUAAAUAUGCGCGCGGGGAUGAUCUUGGAGCGGAUAUCUUAAAUUCUUCUAAGACAAACAACACUCAUGAUAGGUUGCGCCCCAAGGCUCAGGUUCGCAAUCAUUCGUACAUAUCAACGAACGAGCGACAGCAAAAUUGUGUAAUGUGCAAGGGGGAACACCCAAUUUAUUCAUGUACCCGGUUUCUGCAAUUGUCCGCUCGCGAUCGUUUAAACAUAGUUAAGAAGGCGAGACUUUGCAUAAAUUGUUUACGUCCGAACCAUGUCGUGAUUAAUUGCCGAUUAGGAAAUUGUCGUAAAUGCGACAAGAAGCAUCAUACGUUGCUUCACUUUCCGACCGAAACACCAGUCGGGACGAGCCAAAUCUUAUCCACCCCAUCAACAUCCGCGGAAGGCAUUAAGACCACCUUGACCGCGUCGUUCGAUUCGGAAGUAUUGCUCGGCACCGCUAGAAUCACGAUUUUAGACAAGCACCAUAAGGAGCACGCGUGUCGCGUAUUAUUAGAUAGUGGCUCGCAAACCCACUUUAUUACGCAUAAACUCGCGGAAAGGCUGCAAUUGAAGCAGAAAAACAUAGAUCUGUCGUUUUCCGGUUUAGGGCAACUCAAUACAAAUGCGAAGUAUUUAGUUCAAUCCACGAUAAAAUCGCAAACUAGCCCAUUUAAUGCAGAGGUAACAUUUAUUGCCUUACCUUCGAUUACGGGGAGGUUGCCGUUGCGCCAGGUCAACCUGAGCGAUUUCCAUAUACCGAGGCACGUACAAUUGGCAGACCCAGAGUUUCACAAACCAGGGGAGAUAGAUGCACUUAUUGGUAGUGCGUUGUUUUACAAAUUAUUAGAAACGGGUCAGAUUAAACUACAUAGACCCUCCGUCAUAUUGCAAAAUACGCAAGUAGGUUGGAUAGUUACCGGCGAGGUAAAUAAUCAGAUAAUCAGCAAACAAGGUAGAGCAAGUCAAGUGUGUCAGGUAGCUACGUCUCUUGAUGCCGAAAUUAGUAGAUUUUGGACAAUCGAAGAACUUCCGGAGAAAACUUUCUUGUCCGCGGAAGAAAAGGAGUACGAGAAUCACUUUAGAGAAAACACAACACGUAACGAACGCGGACGAUAUAUAGUUAGGUUACCGUUCAAUCAAAACCGGGAUCUUCUCGGCAACUCGAAGAUAAUGGCUUUAAAACGAUUUUAUAGCUUAGAGCGCAAGCUCCAGUCAAACUUAGAGUUAAAAACACAGUAUACAGAAUUUUUACGCGAAUAUUUAGAAUUAGGGCAUAUGACGGAGAUAGAGAACGAGCAGGAUAGUGUAGGGUAUUAUCUACCUCAUCAUGCAGUGAUAAAGGAAGCAAGCUCGACCACAAAGGUUAGGGUAGUAUUUGACGCCUCCGCGAAAGGUAGUUCCGGUCUGUCAUUGAAUGAUACUUUGUUAAUUGGCCCGACAAUACAAGAUACAUUGUUUUCGAUACUUAUUCGAUUUCGUCAGCACGCGUUUGUUCUCAUAGCCGAUAUGGAAAAAAUGUAUAGGCAAAUUAUAGUUCAUCCAGACGACAGAAAAUACCAAAGAAUUCUAUGGCGCGAAUCGACGGCGGAAGCAAUCAAAACAUUUGAAUUGAAUACGAUCACUUACGACACCGCUCCUGCACCCUUCUUAGCCACGCGUUCAUUGAAUCAAUUAGCUAAAGACGAAGCAAAAAAUUUCCCUGUAGCGGCAGAAAUAUUUACACGCGAUUUUUACAUGGAUGAUUUGCUUACGGGAGCAGACAGUUAUGAAACAGCAUUAGACAUCAAGCAGCAAUGCGUCGCGUUAGCUAGAGCCGGAGGUUUCCAUUUGCGACAAUGGACCUCCAAUGACACAAGGUUGAUUGCUGAUUUGCAACUUAAAAAUCAGCAACAAUCAUUAUGUCUAGAUCCGUCACAAACAAAAAAGACACUAGGCGUAUAUUGGAAUCCAGCGAAUGAUCAAAUUAGUUAUUCGUUCAAACAAAUAUCGCUAGAGCAAUCUCGCAUUACCAAAAGAGUGCUUCUAUCACAGAUUGCACAAUUGUUCGAUCCACUCGGUUUGCUUGGGCCAGUAAUUAUCAAGGCAAAAAUCGUAAUGCAGCAAUUAUGGAAAUCGGCUGUCGACUGGGACGAACCUGUUCCCCAAAGAAUAGAACAAGCGUGGAUAGAGAUAAGAAACGAGUUACAUUUACUCAAUAGCUUUACACUUCCGCGUCGAACCGCCAUACAAAAUGCAGCAUCGCUCGAACUGCAUGGGUUCAGUGAUGCUAGCGAAAGCGCAUAUGGUGCAUGUAUAUAUAUCAGGUCCACUAACGAACGUGGACAACACGCGGUAAAUUUAUUAUGUGCAAAAUCAAGGGUUGCGCCCUUGAAAACAAUAUCGCUACCGCGUCUCGAACUUUGCGCGGCCAGGCUCCUUGUAAAAUUGUACAAGGAAGUUAGGAAGGCAUUGCAUAAGAUAGAAUUUAAACAAGUUAGAUUUUGGUCCGAUUCCACCAUCACGUUACAUUGGAUAAAAACACCACCACAUCUAUUAAAAACGUUCGUUGCCAAUCGGGUGAAUGAAAUACAAACGGAAGCUCGUCCGGACAAGUGGUUCCAUAUCGCAACAGCAGAUAAUCCUGCAGACUUUGUUUCGAGAGGACAACUUCCCUCUCAGCUGUUGGAGAACACAAUGUGGAAAUUCGGCCCACAUUGGUUAGGGUUAGAUGAAUCUCGCUGGCCGGUCACUCACUUAGAUGCAAUAGAAAUUCUAGAGAAAAGACGCCCCAUAACUCUAAUUACGCAACCAUCCGUAGAGUUGCUAAAUAAAUACUCAUGCAUUGAUCGAUUGAAUAGAAUUCUAGCAUAUAUCCUCCGGUUUUGUAACAAUGCAAAACGCAAUAAUAAAAAGAGUACAGGCCCGUUGUUAGUAGCAGAAAUUCGAAACGCACAUUUUCGAGUGAUUAGAUUAGUUCAAUUAGAAGCAUUCCCAUCCGAGAUAGAAAAUUUAAAGAAAGGCAAGAGUAUUUCGAAAAAAAGUAAACUAGUUAGCUUAAACCCAUUCAUCGACGAGAAUGGGAUUAUAAGAGUCGGUAGCAGGUUAGAACACGCCCUGCUCAGGUACGAACAGAAGUACCCCAUAAUAUUACCGCACAGACACCAUAUUACCGAACUCAUAAUUAGACAGGUACACAUGAGACAAUUCCAUUCCGGGAUGCAAGCCACCCUACAAACAAUACGAUUGAAGUAUUGGCCUAUAUCUGGCAAGAGCAUUGUCAAACAAGUAUUACAUAAAUGCAUUCGCUGUUGCAAAUACAACCCCAAGACACCACAAUACCUAAUGGGGAAUUUACCCAAAAAUAGAGUUACGUAUACACGCCCAUUUGAAGCCGUAGGAAUCGAUUACUGCGGACCCUUUCUUAUUAAAGAGAAGAAAUUUAGGAAUCAAACAAAAUUGAAAUGUUACGUGGUCGUUUUUGUUUGUUUCGUAACAAAAGCAAUACACUUAGAACUAGCCACCGAUUUAACGACAGAAUCGUGUCUUGGAGCACUUAAACGAUUCCUUGCGAGAAGAGGAAAACCGCGUCAUAUUUAUUCCGACAACGGCACUAAUUUUGUAGGCGCGAAAAAUGAAAUUAGACAGACGCUUGACUUCUUACGGGCUAAUGAAUAUAAAGACAAGAUGCAGCAGUUCCUAACACAAGAAAACAUUGAAUGGCAUCUGUCUCCUCCGCGCUCUCCGCAUUUCGGCGGACUUUGGGAGGCUGCAGUACGGUCGUUCAAAAGGCAUUUGUACAAAACAAUUGGUGACGCUAUGUUCACGUACGAGGUAUUCUAUACGCUAAUCGUUGAGAUCGAAGCAAUUUUAAAUUCUCGUCCUUUGACACCUAUAUCCUCUGAUCCCAACGAUCUCCUAGCCCUAUCGCCCAGCCAUUUCCUUAUAGGUGAGUCAUUAGUGAGCCUACCGGAAUACAAUUUUGCUGAUACGCCAAUCAACAAGCUGUCACUCUGGCAGCAUAUCCAGAAAAUCAAACUCCAUUUUUGGAGAAGGUGGCAAACCGAAUACUUGCAGGAGCUGCACACCAGGAGCAGAUGGCACCUUGGAGACGGAGUAAACCUUAAAGAAGGAACUCUGGUGACCAUCCGAGAUGACAACUGCCAACCCUUGCAAUGGCAAAUGGGACGGAUAAUUGCGUUACACCCAGGCGAAGAUGGCGUGGUUCGCGUGGUCACCAUCCAGACCCCGCACGGCACGUAUAAACGUGCCUUGAAGAAGGUGGCACCGUUACCAAUCGAAACUAACACCUAG